UUCACACCCAAGGAUGGAACAGGAGCUUCAACUUUGACUAUGUUUGGUAAUGCGGUGAGCCACUGCUGCCGCAUGUUUAAGGCUUCUGUAAUGUGAAUAUCUACGGUAAUUUUCAAAUUUUCUAAACACGCACUCAACUAUCUUCAGAUGGCUCAAAUUAACUUGUUGCUUAUGAAGUUAAUCAAAGCAUUUGACAUCAUAUAUAUGCUACAAAAUAAAGGUAUUAUGCAAAUUAACUUGUUGCUUGUGAGGUUAAUCAAAGCACUGGACAUCAUUAUAUACGUGGAAGUUAACAUUGCAAAACUUUUCUAUUUAGUAGAUGAAAAAGCUAUCUACCAUUAUUUUGACUUCCUUCUAAAUAAAGGAUACUUUUGUGAACGUCAUUUACUUUUAAAACAAAAAACAUACCACAACUUCUUUGGGGGAAUUCUCUUUCCAUCUUUAAUGGUAUUUUCCACAUCUUUGAAAACUCGAAAAUACUCUUCUUAAACAGAGGCAAUUUCUCUGGAUGCACUCAAAGUCACUUCAAUCUUUUCUUUUUAUGAAUUUCACCCGUUUAAAAAGAAAAACAAUGACCUGGAGAUGCAUAAUGAAAAAAGUUAACUUUAAUAAUUAUUGACCAAGACAAAAGAACAGCAAAAGCAAAAGUAUUUGAAUAUAAAUAAAAGAUAAAGACCAAGACGAAGAAAAAAAUGGUUUGAUUGAUUGAAGAAUUCACAAGUUAAAAUUGAAACAAAGAAACCACUCUCUAAUCUAUUGUUUUCCUCCGAUUCCAAUGGGAACUUGCUGGAGUUCUCUUCUACCUAAUAGUCAUCCAACUCCAUCUCCAACCGGAACUGUUACGCCUGCAGGAACAUAUAAUUCUCAAACAACAAGUGGAAGCUAUGGAACUAGCACUACAACUUUCAAUUCUACUUCUACUACUUCUUCUGGAAGUGGAAGCAGUAAUAACACGUCUUCCUCCAUAAACAGUAGUAAUUUCUCAUCAUCCGAUUUUUCAAUCGGUGGUCAGAUCUUACCUACUUCUAAUUUAAGAGUCUACACUUUCGCCGAAUUAAAAACUUCUACCAAGAAUUUCAAACCUGAUACACUUCUCGGAGAAGGAGGUUUUGGAAAAGUCUACAAAGGAUUGCUUGAUGGAAUCCCCAUUGCCGUCAAAAAGUUGAACUCCGAAAGUUUACAAGGUCUCGAGGAAUGGCAGUCAGAAAUAAAAUUUCUAGGUCGACUUAACCAUCCCAACCUUGUUAAACUCUUGGGAUUUUGUUAUGAAGAUACAGAGCUUCUUCUUGUCUAUGAAUACUUGCAGAAGGGUUGUUUGGAACAUCACCUCUUUGGAAGAGGUAGAGGUACUGUUGAUCACCCUCUUCCUUGGGAGCUGAGGCUUAAGAUAGCAAUCGGAGCAGCUACUGGACUUUCGUUCUUGCAUACAGCAGAUAGAGAAAUUAUUUACAGAGAUUUUAAAGCCUCUAAUAUAUUGCUUGAUGGGUCCUAUAAUGCAAAGAUAUCAGAUUUUGGGUUGGCAAAACUGGGUCCUUCGGCUAGUCAAUCGCAUUUGUCCACAACGCCGAUGGGAACACUAGGUUACGCAGCUCCUGAAUAUAUACAUACAGGGCAUCUAUAUGUAAAGAGUGAUGUGUAUGGUUUUGGAGUUGUUUUGGUUGAGAUACUGACAGGCCAACGAUCGAUAGAUCUCAACCGGCCAAUCGGGCGUCACCGUCUAGUGGAUUGGAUCAUACCGUACCUACUGGACAAAAAAAAAUUGAAGGAGGUUAUGGAUCCUCUAUUGAAAGACAAGUAUCCAAUCAAAGAUGCACAUACUAUAUCAAAGUUUGCUUCUAAGUGUCUUGCACCUGAGCCCCACAAGCGCCCAUCCAUGAAGGAUGUUUUGGUGAUCUUGAAAGGAACUCAAGCUUCCACUGACUAAAGCGUCGAGGUUAGGGGUCAAAAUUAAUGAGAUAAUCCUAAUUAUAUGUGAAUUAGUGUGAAUGAUUGAGAUCUGAGAGGCCGCUGGUUGUUCAUUUUGUAUUUUCCUUUAACUCAAGUAGCUAGCAAAGAAAUUUGUGCAUUUUAGUGAUGGCUUGCUUCAGUGAGCUGUGGAUUUGAUAUGCGCAUGUCUCUAUUUAGCUAAUCAACAUGUUGUAUUUGUGUAUCUAUAGUUCUAUAUUAGAGUCCCAAAUAUUCAAUUGGGGGAUCUUAAUCAAAUGAUAAAAGGAUUGUGAAAAGUAACAAGGGUAUGAUCUGGUUGAUCAGAGUA